CACACACAUGCACGCACAGAUCUGGUCGUUCACUCAGCUAGUUAGUUCAGAGCGUGUCCAGCCACAGCAGCAAACCUCCUCAUGGCUCUACAGACAGUGGCAUCCCUUUACCUGUGUUUCCUGCUGGGAGUAAAUUGCUGGCAUGAUCUGGACAACACAGAGUAUGACUGUUGGCCGAUCAACAGUCCAAAUGAUUUCAACAUGAUAAGCUGUGGUGGUCUGGAAAUGGCCUGGGUGCAGCGUCCUCCAGAAAAAGUAACCAAUGGGGAAGAGUUCAAUGUCUCGUACACAGUGACGGCCUCAGAUUCUUUCUACGAAUACGCAGUCAGGAACAAGAUUUUCCAGUUCAGUACUGCAUCAGAGGCAAAGACGUUCUGUCAUGAACAUGACUGCCCGGAAAACUGGAACAAUGCCAAUGAAAUGAACUGCUGUGUGUAUCACGCCAACAUCCACUCCUGUCCUCUCGGCCUCAUGAAACAAGAUGGGAUCUGUGGCCCAUGGAUUCCUGACGAUGGUAAAAUAGUGACGCACACUGUGUCUAAAGCAGGCAAGAUGCCUCAGAAAUACUGGACUUCAAAGGUGGUGCUGAUCCAUGUGGGCGUCACCUCAGUCAUUGCUCAUAUCAAAAUAGGACAGAUGCACGCUGCACUGGAGUCCAAAGUGCUUGUUGUCAGUGCUCAAGUGUGUGGGGAUGACAUCUGUGAGGUGGACGAGAACUGUCUCAACUGUCCCGCAGACUGUGGUAUCUGCCCAAUGUCCAUCACUAUUAAGGUGGCCAUCGGGCUUCCAGUUGCUCUCUUCAGCAGCGGCUUCAUCCUAACCAUGGUGUGGCUCCAGUACCAGAAACAGAGGAUGUUUUGGGAUGAAAGCUGGAUCAUACACUACAAGAGCAUAAUAUUUGGUAAAGUGUGCCACGUGGGCCUGGGCAGCACCACCAGCCUGCAGCACAUCAAGAGCAAUAACUCCACCAUCAGUCAAACUACUAAUGUGACAGUUUGUACCAGAGUCAACACCACCUUUAAACAAGGCUUUAUCCAGCGAGGCAUCUACGAUGGAAGGACAGUGGGAGUGAAACACAUCCAGAAUAAACAUUUCACCCUCUCUAAAACCAUCAGGAAGGAGGUGAAAGAAGUAAGGCAACUGGACCACCCCAAUUUAUGCAAGUUCAUUGGUGGAUCCAUUGAAGUCCCUUACGUCAGCAUCAUAACAGAGUUCUGCCCCAAAGGAAGCCUGUCUGAUGUCCUGCUGAAUGAUGACAUCCCUAUCAACUGGGGCUUCAGAUUGUCCUUUGCGACUGACAUCACCCGCGGAAUGUCUUACCUCCACCAGCACAAGAUGUUUCAUGGAAGACUUCACUCCAGAAACUGUGUUAUUGAUGACCGCUGGGUGUGCAAAAUCUCAGAUUAUGGGCUCACAGCUUACAGGAAGGAGGAUUUUGAGGCCGUCAGCAGUGGCUUCAAUUGUCUGGAUGUAAAUCACAUAUACUGUGCCCCAGAAGUCCUGCAGGGAAGCAGCUCCAAUAUGACACCAGCGGCAGAUGUCUACAGCUACUCUAUGAUUCUGCUUGAGAUUGCAACUCGCACUGACCUCAUUUCAGACCAGCCUGAGGGAGUGAGAAUGGAUCUCAUGUGGCGCCCCCCUCUGCCUGAACUCAAAGCAGGGAAGGCAGAUACUGACUGUCCCAGUCAAGGAGACUACUAUGAGCUUAUUAAGAAGUGCUGGUCUCAUAAUGCCACCAUGAGGCCCACGUUUGAGCAGGUGAAGAAGACGCUCAACAAAAUGAACCCACACAAAGUCAGCCCUGUGGACAUGAUGAUGAACCUGAUGGAGAAGUACAGCAAACAUCUGGAAGCCAUAGUUGCUGAGAGAACACAAGACCUUCUUCAAGAGAAGCAGAGGACCGAUCGGCUGUUAUACAGUAUGUUACCAAAACCGGUGGCUGAUGACCUUCGUCAAGGUCGGACAGCGCAGGCACAGAGCUAUUCCAACGCCACUGUCUACUUCAGUGAUAUUGUCGGCUUUACUCAGCUGUCUAGUGCCAGCACUCCCCACCAGGUUGUGAACUUCCUCAACCAGCUCUACACCACCUUUGAUGACAUUAUUGACAAUUACGAUGUCUACAAAGUGGAGACAAUAGGCGAUGCUUACAUGGUAGUCUCUGGGGUCCCUCAAGAAAAUGGCAUCAAUCAUGCUGGAGAGAUAGCCAGCAUGGCUCUUGAUCUGGUCAGUGUCUGCCACACUUUUAAGAUCCCCCACAAACCCAACACACAGCUAAAGAUAAGAGCUGGCAUCCACUCAGGUCCUGUUGUGGCUGGUGUGGUUGGCACGAAAAUGCCUCGCUACUGCCUAUUUGGUGACACUGUCAACACAGCGUCACGCAUGGAAUCAACAAGUGAAGCACUGAAGAUCCAGGUGAGUGAUGCCACAGCUAACCUGCUUCACACACUCAGAGGUUACAUUCUGACAUGCAGAGGAACACUUUCUGUGAAGGGAAAGGGGGAUAUGACAACAUGGUGGCUUGAAGCAAAGAGAGAUGAUCAUACAGACCCACUGCUUAGAACACCUCGAUUCAGAGGAAUCCCAGUGCCAGUUAGUGACUAGAUCUGGGUUUAUGGAGGCUUAAAUGGGAAAACAACUGUAUGAAAACUGGUCAGGCUUUGUGUCGUGCAAUUGAAUUGUUUUACACUGAGCUAUUUUGGGGUUAAAUGCCCAGAUACCAUGAUAGGAUGAACAAAUAGUUGAUCAUUCAUUUAAAUGUCAUAC